GACUAAAACAUACUCAUCAGUUCCGCACUUAACACUUUGUGGUAUGCCUCUGAAACGGGUUAACUCAUUUAAAUACCUUGGUCACUGGGUUACAGAUGACUUAAAGGAUAAUGUAGACAUAGAAAGGGAGCGCAGGGCGCUGUCAGUGCGUUGUAAUAUGUUGGCACGUAGGUUUGCGCGUUGUAAGGAUGAAGUAAAAAUCACGCUUUUUAAAGCUUACUGCCAGUCUCUUUACACGUGCAGCCUAUGGGUCAGCUUUACCCAGCGCGCUUACAGCGCACUGCGUGUGCAGUACAACAAUGCGUUCAGGGUGCUACUUGGCCUGCCGCGGUUCUGCAGCGCGUCAACCAUGUUUGCGGAAGCGCACACCGACGGCUUCCACGCGAUAAUUCGGAAGCGGAGCGCAUCGCUCCUAGAGCGUCUCCGCGGCAGUACAAAUGGCAUCCUGAGGGCAUUGGCUGACAGGUGGGACUCGCCGCUGCUGGGGCGCUGGCUUAGCUUGCACGUCUCCAGUGCUAUGUAAGCGGCUUCAUAUUUCAUUAUUUGUAUCUUACUAACAUAGGCUAAGUGAAAAUUGUUACUAACACUAUUAUGGACCCCG